AUACUACGAUAACUGUUAGAUCGUCCCAGUGAUAAACAAGUUUUUCAUACGCCAUGAAGUGUUUCGUUUUAGCCGCAUUGAUGCUGGUCAGUUUGGCCAGCGCCGAGAACAUUUUCAAGAUCAACAUCACACCCGAGGAGGCACAACAGUAUCUCAACAGCGCCCAAUUGCGUGGCGUCAACGAGAUCGAAUACGCACCCAAGACCGGUGAGAAUCCUUUGCCCGAGGCACGUAACGAAAAGGGUGAAUUCGUGUACAUGGGUCGUGUGAUUGAGCAUCCCGAGGAUUAUGUCGAGGAGCACUACGAUGCUCACCAGUAUCACGGUCAGGAUGGACUCGGUCAGUACGUCUAUGGCUACAAGGACUGGAAUCAGGGCAAGAACGAGAAGCGUGAUGAGGCUGGCACUGUGAGCGGUUCCUACAAGUAUGUGCAGCCACAUGGACGCGACUUUAUCGCCAAGUACUACGCCGAUCGCACUGGCUUCCAUGUCGAGGACAAUCGUCCCGCCUAUCUGAAGCAGCCCGCCACCAAGACGCCCGCAGUGCUCAAGGCUGAGGAGGAGCACUUCAAGCUAUGGGGUGAACUUGCUGCCGCCGCUGGCCACAAUCCCGAUCCUUAUGCUGCCGAGUAUCAGACUGGCGAAGGUCGCUAUGAACCCUCAGAGGCUGAGACCCGUGGCUAUGUGCAUGAGGAGCAACCUUAUGUGCCCGGACCCGAGGAAACCGGCGAGCCCAAGGGCUUCUUCUAUGCCUUCGACUACAAUGUGCCACUGUUGCGCAACAAAGCGGAACGCGAGGAACUCGAGCGUCUUCGUGCCGUCAACAACAAGGACGAAGAGUAAGCGGAAGCGUUUGUGUUAGAUUAGAUGUGAAAUAGAAAUAAUAUAACUCUAAAUAUUUAUUCAAUGAUAUUAAAUAAAACAGCAGCUAUUACAUUUCUCAAA